UUCCACAACUUCCGACACCGGAACUGCUGUCAUUCGCCUGAUCAACCAUUACAGCACCGCUCAGCGUACACGCAAUCGGACGCUACAAACCAACAGUCAAUCAAAGUAACUCAAAUAAUCAAGGAUUACAGGGAUUUCAACGAAAGGACCAAAUGGACGCCAAAUCGAAAGAUGACUCCAAUAUCAGCCUUACACUUCGGCUAAUAAUGCAAGGAAAGGAAGUUGGUAGUAUAAUAGGGAAAAAAGGAGAGAUUGUCAAACGGUUCAGAGAAGAGUCUGGUGCCAAAAUCAAUAUAUCAGAUGGCUCUUGUCCUGAAAGAAUAGUGACCAUAUCAGGAUCUACUGAAGCCAUUUACAAAGCAUUUUCUUUAAUAUGCACAAAAGUAGAAGAGAGUGAACACUUGGAUGAGCAUUUUGAAAAAGCGUAUAAAAAACUAUUCCAGCAACACUGCGCACCCACACGAAUUUUCAAUAAUCCCAAAUAUAUGUUUUUAAAACUUUAA